AUGGCUGGAAAUAAUACUGAAGAGGUUGAGGGAACAACCACCACAGACAGUAAAACUAAUAGCACAGCUGAAAUCCCACCGGAAUUCUUGAUCAAGCACCCACUGCAGAAUACUUGGAGCUUGUGGUUCUAUGACAAUGACAGGACCAAGACAUGGGAGGAGAAUUUAAUUGAAUUGACUACAUUUGAUACAGUGGAAGAUUUCUGGAGACUAUACCAUCAUAUCAAACUGCCUUCGGAGCUUCGCCAGGGACAUGACUAUGCUGUGUUCAAGCAGGGCAUCCGACCUAUGUGGGAAGAUGACGCAAAUAAGAUGGGGGGCCGGUGGCUUAUCAAUCUUGAGAAAAAGCAACGCAACUCCGAGCUAGACCGGUUCUGGCUGGAUGUGGUUUUACUAUUAAUUGGUGAAAAUUUCGAACACUCUGAAGAAAUCUGUGGUGCAGUUGUAAAUGUGAGACCAAGGUUUGAUAAGAUUGGUGUUUGGACAGCGGAAGCAUCAAAGCAGCAAGCUAACCUCGAGAUUGGUAGAAAAAUUAAAGAACAACUCGGCAUACAUGGGAAAAUUGGCUUUCAACUACAUAGAGACACUAUGGCCAAGCAUAGUUCCGCUACUAAGAAUCUAUAUACUGUUUAG